ACCAACGUAACAUUGAGGAAGCGUUCUGUCUGUAACGGUUUCGGCUAAACAAAAUUUAAGAUAAUUGAUAUUUAUUAUAUUUUAGUUGAAUAAUAAGUAAUAAGAAAAAAAAAAAUUAGGAUAUUUUCUAUAAAAAAUUGUAUUUUUUACUAACAAGGAAAGAUGUUUAAAAAAUUCGAUGAAAAGGAUAGUGUUUCGGGUAUACAGCAAUUAAAAUCUUCCGUUCAGAAAGGAAUACGUUCGAAACUCUUGGAUUUAUAUCCACAUUUAGAAAGUCAUGUGGAUACUAUCAUUCCAAAGAAAGAUGCAUUUAGAAUUGUUAAGUGUCAUGAUCACAUAGAAAUUAUAGUCAACGCAGCAGGAGAACUUUUGUUCUUUCGACAACGUGAAGGCCCAUGGAUGCCUACAUUAAGGUUAUUACACAAAUAUCCGUUCUUUCUACCAAUGGAACAAGUCGAUAAAGGAGCAAUCAGAUUUGUACUUAGCGGUGCAAAUAUUAUGUGUCCUGGUUUAACGUCAAAGGGUGCAAGAAUGACGCCAGUAGAGAAGGGAACCGUUGUUGCAGUUAUGGCAGAAGGAAAGCAGCAUGCUUUAGCAGUAGGAGUAACUACUCUAUCAACAGAAGAUAUUGCCAAAGUGAAUAAAGGAGUAGGAAUCGAGAAUUGUCAUUAUUUGAAUGAUGGAUUAUGGCAAAUGAAGCCUGUGAAGUAAAAGGAAAAUAUUGUAAUAAGCAUUCAAAUUGUAUAUCAAUAAGAUUUACAUAUUAUAUGAAUAAACUCGUUGUUUUUAAAUAUAA